UUCUGCGCGAUGCUGGACGGCAUAAAGCUCGAGGAUCAUCCGCUGCGCUCGGGACAAGCCACCCUGGGAGUCAUGCUCGGGGCGGAAUGCCAUCACCCAUCCGUGUGCGAGGGAUGCCAGCGUCCGAUCUCGGACCGCUUCCUGAUGAGGGUCAACGACUCGUCGUGGCACGAGGAGUGUUUGCAGUGCACCGUGUGUCAGCAGCCCCUCACCACCAGCUGUUACUUCCGAGAGAGGAAACUUUACUGCAAGCACGACUACCAGCAGUUGUUUGCGACCAAGUGCAGCGGCUGCAUGGAGAAGAUUGCCCCCACGGAGUUCGUGAUGCGGGCCCUGGAGUGUGUGUACCACCUGAACUGCUUUUGCUGCUGCGUGUGCGACCGCCAGCUGAGGAAGGGGGACGAGUUUGUCCUGAAGGAGGGUCAGCUGCUGUGCAAGAUCGACUACGAGAGGGAGAAGGACUUGCUCAGCUCGGUUAGCCCCGAUGACUCAGACUCAGAGAAAAGCGAUGACGAGGAGUUGGACAUCAAGCCGGAGAAAGGCAUGGGAGGCCAGGGGAAAGGGGACGACGGGAAGGAUCCCAGGAGGCCCAAAAGACCCCGCACCAUCUUGACCACCCAACAGAGACGGGCCUUUAAAGCGUCUUUCGAGGUGUCCUCCAAACCCUGCAGAAAGGUGAGGGAGACGCUGGCCGCCGAGACGGGACUAAGCGUCCGGGUGGUGCAGGUGUGGUUCCAGAACCAGAGAGCCAAGAUGAAGAAGUUGGCAAGGCGACAGCAGCAACAACAAGAGCAGCAGAACUCUCAAAGACUCGGCCAAGAGGUGAUGUCCAGUCGGAUGGAGGGGAUGAUGAACUCCUUUACGCCGCUGGCUCCGCCUCAGCAGCAGCUGGUUGCCAUGGAUCAGAAUGGCUACAGUACGGAUCCAUUUCAACAGGGGCUCACUCCCCCACAGAUGCCCGGUGACCACAUGAACCCAUAUGGUAACGACUCUGUAUUCCACGACAUAGACAGCGACACGUCUUUAACCAGCCUCAGCGACUGCUUCAUGGCGUCGUCAGAAGUCAGCUCCAUGCAGGCCCGCGUGGGGAACCCCAUCGACCGCCUGUACUCCAUGCAGAACUCUUAUUUUGCGUCGUGAAAGAGCGAGAUCGUCGCCACGGAACAUGCUGCCCACCUCCGUUUGUCGGCUGAC